AUGGCGAGCGUACCGCAGACAGAGGCGGCGAGCACGACAGCGGCGGCGACAGAGACUAGGGCUGGGGCCGACGGUGGGUGGCUGGAGGGCUACAAGACAACGAGGGACGAGCGGCGGGCGCGGUAUGAGGCGGCCAAGACCAAGACGCCCGAGGAGAAUGCCGCGGACAAGGCCGAGGCGCUGCGCAAGUGCCACGAGCCGCACGAGGCCCUGCUACGGUGCUACAAGGACUCGCUUAUUCCGGUCUGUCUCUCCGAGUACAAGGAGUUUUGGGCGUGUUUCCGUCGCGAGCGUGGCUUUGCGCGAAUCUCCAUCUCGGCGCCGGCAUCUGCGGGUGGCAGCAAGGGGGAUGUGGACGGCAAGGCCGAGUCGAGCUAG